AUGCCCACAGAAUCCGAAACGAGACUGCGAAAACUGUUGGACACCGUGACUGAGUCAAUGCGUGCGUUACAACAGCUUGGCCGUCCAACAGCUCAGUGGGAUGAUUGGCUAAUUUUUCUAAUCACCGAAAAGCUCGAUUCUGCCACAGUUAAAGAAUGGGAGAUGAGUCUUGGUAGUCCAAGUGAGCUGCCUGUUUACAGCGACUUAGUCGCGUUCUUACAAAAACGCAUUCUUGGAUUGGAAGCAGUGGGGGCAGCUGCCAAGAAUAAAUCGAAAGAUUUUUCACAAAAAUCACCACACAAUCAAGCUGUGCGAAGUCAUCAAACGAGCUUUGGCCGAUGCUCAUGCUGUUCGGGUAAGCAUACGCUUAUGUACUGCCCGGAUUUCCGCAAGAAAACAUCUUCAGCAAAAUUCGAUCUGGUUCAUAAGGCAAAACUUUGCAAAAAUUGUCUAAAACCAGGCCACACUCUUGACGAGUGCUCAUCUACUUAUACAUGCCAAAGGUGCAUGCAAAAACAUCAUACACUGUUGCAUGACAGUCUUUCUACGCAACCCAACAAGGUUGCUGCUCAUCAUACGCGUUCCGAUUAUUUCAUACAAACACCAAACACAAAUGAUCUCACAUCUGUUCUGCUUGCAACUGCGGUUAUUGGAAUACGCUCUCCCACAGGGCACGAACUCCAACUGCGGGCGCUUCUGGACAAUGGAUCACAGGCAUCUUUCAUCAGCGAGUUUGCAGUUCAACAACUACACCUUCGCAGAGCCCGUCUUCAAGUACCCAUCACCGGUAUAGGCGGCUGCCGUGUAGGUGAGUCUAAUGGCGUAGUUCAUUUCUCAUUACAUUCACUUACAGAACCCGAGUUCAACAUCGAUUGUUCGGCUCUGGUCCUGCCCCGCUUGGGACAUCUCAUGCCGUUAAAACGUGUCGAUCCAAAACCAUAUUCGGAAUUUCUCUAUCUGCCAUUAGCCGAUCCAAACUUCUUCGAACCAGGGUCUAUUGAUGUCAUCAUCGGCGCAGACCUCUACGGUCUCCUUUUGCGCAACGACAUCAAACGCUCUGCCAUCAACAAAGUUACCGCACAGAAUUCUCACUUAGGAUGGGUAAUCUACGGGCGUCUGCCCCACACAUCUACACUACUCCUGGCCACCACGUUUUGCGCUACAGCCACUACUGAGCUCAACAAUUUGGUUCAGCAACUGUGGAAGUUCAAUGAAUGUGAGGACGUGGAAGGCUCAUCCUCAUGA